CUGUCUAUGCAGUAUCUGUUUCUCAGAGGAACACAAGUUUAUAAAAUGGCUCUUAGAUGGCUUCUGCACUCAGCUUGCCAUCUCGUGGGGUACCCUACGAAGGAAGAGGAGUGCAAGGAGAAUGAAGGGUACCCUAAUCCUUCAAACAAUUUGAAGGAGCCUUGUUCAGGGUUUGAAAUGCCACUUCACUAUCCACGCUACACCAGAGAGGAGUAUGAGAGGAUGGAGGAGUGGAAGGUGGAGUUGCUUCUGAAGCAAUAUGGAUUAAGUUUGGAGGGUAGUGUUGAGGAGAAGAGAGAUUUUGCAAUGGGAGCAUUCUUGUGGCCAUGAUCAUUUUUUUUUCUCUGGAAAAGUCUCUGUGGUAGAUGCUGGCGAUGGAAGUUUUCAAGUUUUGUGUACUUGAGCGUGGUAUAUGAUGAUGAUGAUGAUGAUGCACGUGAAUGUAUAAUAAAUUGAUAAUGCUGUGGUAAUAUGUGUUGUUGUCCACGUACACUUGUAUUUGUUGCUGUGUUAAUGUAUGGUUCGUGAAUAUUGAUGCCAUGGCCUUGUUUUUUUUUUUGGGGUUGACGUGGUUGAUGGUGAUACGUGUCGGUAAUGUGGCAGUUCUCUUUCCACGUAUACCUGUGCUGAAAUAAUAACACUUGAGAUUAAUAAGUUUUUUUUUA